AUGUUAAUUCCGGAACUUGACCAGACCAAGAAUAUAGGAGCAAUCGGAACAUGCUAUUCAUUUAAUGCUGCAAUGCUCGGAAUACACACACUAAACAAUUUGAUCCAGUAUGGAGAAGACUAUACAAACCCAGACGUUAUGAACGCUGCAAUAAGGAAGCAAAAAAUAGUUGGGUGUUCAGGAAAAUUAAAAAUUGCUGUUGAUUCCAAUGAGCCGAAUGAUGAAAGUAUUUCCAUUAAUAACAUUAUUUACAACAAGACAACUGGAGCUUGAGCAGAUAACUCAGUUGGGUUCUAUGAAAUCGGUAAAAAUCCUCUUAUCACUAUAAAAGGAGUAAUAAUUUGGCCAAACGGAACAACAAUAAAUCCAAAUGACAAAAGACUGGAUCAAUAUGAUUGCGCAUUUGACCUUCACCUGCUACAAAAAUCUAAGCUUGGUAAAAUGCUCUAUUGCUUGCUUAUAGGAAUCCUCUCACUUAUAUCGUUAGCAUUUUCUCUUAUAUGUUUGAAAGCUUCUUGAAAAUUCAAAUUUCCUAAGAUAGCUCAUAAAAGAUUGGCAAAGUUUGGGGACUUCGUUAAGCACUCAUACAUUGUUAUUGACUUUACCCAAUUUCUUGCUCUAAGCCCAAGCUUUGAAUGGAACUAUUGGAAUCUCACUGAUAUUCUUUAUGCUGUAAUUGGGGAUGCAUCAAAAUUUACUAUAAGCCAAGAAAGUUCUUGAACAAGCAUUUAUCUUGCAUUAGGGUUUAUUUUUCUUUGGUUUGCUUCAUGCAUUUUUGUCUGCUGAGAUUUUGAUGAAAAACUAGCCAAAUUGGAUUUUUUCUUAAUAAAUUACUGUAUUUGGGCUAUUAACCAAUUAUUGCCUUUUGUUGCGAAUUUUGGAUUUAUUCCUAUUGUAAUGAUACUAUUUACAUUAUUUAAAUGUGAAAAUGGCAGCGGAAACGGUAUAACAGAAAGUUACUGGGAGUAUGAUUGCAAAACUUAUUGUUGGAAUGACAAGCAUUUAGCUUUUGCUAUGAUUUCAAUUUUUGCAUUAAUUUUCUUUAUGAUUUCAACUGUCUAUUUUAGACCGAGAUGGGAAUUUUUGUAUGAUGAUCAAAAUGUGGUGAUAAACCCUCAUUAUUUGGUUGCAAGAGGUAUUUUCCAGAUUGCAUUGGUUACUUUAUACUUGACACUCAAAAAUUAUAGCGAGGCUCUGUUUGGGCUUGCUUUUAUUGUUAUAAUGAGCAUUUUAUUGGUUUAUGCAUCAGUUUUUGAGCCUUCUAACCAUAACGUUACCAAUCUAUGGUCUCGUGUAUCGUUCUUUGCAAUCAUUUGAAGUGCUGCGAUUUCUAGUAUUUAUUGGUCAAAUCCGAAUUUCAAAGAGGAUUCAAUAUGGAUUGUAAUGAGACUCACUGGGUGGGCAUUGAUUGCAUUAAUAACUCUUUUUAUUCAUUUGAAGGUGAUGGAAAACCCUUUAUACACUCCCAAAGCAAAUAAUAUCUCACUGUAUUUCUUAUUCCAAUUUUCAUCAGUGGUAACUGCUAGAGAUAUUUCAAAAAAUCCUGAAAAGAAGUAUAUUAUUGUAAACAAAUCAACUAUGAUUGACACAAGCCAUCAUUUUAAUGCUAGCCAACAAGUUGACAGUAUGCAGCACUUUUGCGAAAGUCAGCCAAUAGAUAGCUCACAAAUUGAUUUAUCUGGGAUUAAAAUCUAA